UCGGCCCCUUCUCCCCUUCCUCCAGCCCAUCUCCAUGGGGAAAAAGGGCGCCGGCAUCUCCAUGGCGAACAAGGGAGCCGCCGGUGAUGAGAUCGUGGUCCUGCCGGAGCAGACGCAGGAGAUCAAGGAAGCCGCUCCCAAGAAACGCAACCCGUGCCCCGGAGUCCGUCUCAUCGGCAGCCGGAUCUAUGACCCGGAGAACGGCAAGACCUGCCACCAGUGCCGACAGAAAACAACGGACUUUGCGGUGGCUUGCAAGCAGCCGCGGAAGAAGGGCCUCUGUCCAAUCCACUUCUGCCACAAGUGCCUGCUCAACAGGUAUGGUGAGAACGCUGAGGAGAUGACCAAACAGGAGGCCUGGACCUGCCCCAAAUGCAGGGGCAUCUGCAACUGCAGCUUCUGCAGAAAGAAGAAAGGGGAGACGCCGACUGGAAUACUGGCUCAUGCUGCCAAGGCAUCGGGCCACACCUCUGUCCAUGAUUUGCUAGCCAAAGGCGAAGACAUAGUGGUUGCUGCACAGGCGCUGUCAUCACUCCCUGCCAAGGAGGGCAACACAAAGAGGGCCCGAGCAACUGAUGAAUUGUUGGCUGAAGGGGAUGAGAAUAUUGGGACUGAUCUCAAUGCACUUCCAUCUCUUCCUGUCAAGAAGAAACUGAAGAAGAGCAGCUGCAGGGUAAAUAACUUGAUUGAUGAUGAGAAGGUCCUUGUUGACAUUAAGGGUGAUCCUCAAAUCCUCAAGGAGAGCACUGAUGUUCUCAAGCCCAAAGUUGAGCUACCCAGAGGUACUCCAGUCACUAACAUUCUAGGGACGGACCUGGAGGCCGAUGAUGUUGGCGCUGCAAUUCAGUUUCUUGAAUUCUGCCGCACAUUUGGAGAGGUGCUUCAAAUAAGGGAGGGACAACCAGAAAAGGUUCUACAAGUCAUAACUGGACGAGGUCGUCGUAAUCGAGAGGGUUCCUUAGUUGUUUCUGACUUUCACAUUAGUUUGCUCUCUGUCAUCCAAGAAGACAGAGGAGAGAACCCUUCAGAUUAUUCAAGUGACAGAGAUGCUUGGAUGGAUGAAAUUGGCAAUUAUAUUAGUGAAUCAACACUCAUCUCAAAGGAAUUGCCUCUUGGCUCUUUGGAUCAAGGGGAACUAGAAUACAAGAGUUUGAGCCCUUCUUUAAAGCUGCAUGUAUUAAAUUUGUUGUGUGAUGAGACCCUUUCUACUAGUAAGUUGAGGAACUGGAUGAUCGAACAAAAUGAAAAUGCCACUGAGAGAAAGAUUGCUGCUAAAGAAAAAAUCCGUGCUGCAAAGGAGAAGGAAAAGGAGCUGAAAGAAAAACUAAAGACUGAGAUGGCCAAAUCAAUGUUCCUGAGAAAAGGAGCAGAAAUAAAUAGUCUCAUUGCUCAAAUCAAGGAGUUAAAUGAAGACAAAGAGGCAGCAGUAGAUGAGGAGAAGCUGGGAGGUCUAAUCAGGGCGAAGCCUGUCAGGAAAGACAAAGGAGAGGCAUACUGGAAGUUGUAUGGCUAUUAUGAAAAGACAGCAAUUAUGCGCCAAGAGUUCGAUACAACAGCAAGCAAUGACAAGUGGUUCAUGUUCAGUGAAGAGGAAGAAAAAGUAAUUGGAGACCAUCUAGCCCCAAGGUCCCAAUUCCAGUGUAAAAAUCCUACCCAGGUGACAGGUGUAGCGGUCUAGAGACCUCAAACUCCUGGUUCAGCUCGUUGAAGGUGCGUGAGCUGAGACCUGGGAGCCUUGUAGAGGGGAUCAAAGUAGCUGACAAUUUUUGCUGUAGGGAAGGCACCCAGUUGCUGAGCAGCCAACAACUAUCUGA